AUGGGGAGAGCUCCGUGCUGCGACAAGGCAAGCGUGAAGAAGGGCCCAUGGUCGCCGGAGGAGGACGCCACGCUGAAGUCCUACAUCGAACAGAACGGCACCGGCGGCAACUGGAUCGCCCUGCCGCAGAAGAUUGGUCUGAAGAGGUGUGGCAAGAGCUGCCGCCUCCGGUGGCUCAACUACCUCCGGCCUAACAUCAGGCACGGCGGGUUCUCGGAGGAGGAGGACAGGAUCAUCCUCGGCCUCUACAUCAGCAUAGGCAGCAGGUGGUCGAUAAUAGCGGCACAGCUGCCAGGGAGGACAGAUAAUGACAUCAAGAACUACUGGAACACAAGGCUCAAGAAGAAGCUUUUCGGCAAGCAGUCCCGCAAGGACCAGAGGCAGCAGCAGUUCGCACGCCAGGUAGCAAUUGGUGGGCAGAAGGAAGAAGGAACCAGGGACACAAACGGAACAAAUGGCUUUGCUGCUGGUGCUUACAAUUGGCACCAGCAUGCCAUGGCCAUGCCAGUGCAUCCGAUGUCGGGAUCAAUAGGGAAUGGUGAUCGUAUCGGAGAAGAAGUCGACGAGUCAAUCCGGAAGCUUCUGUUUAAGCUAGGAGGAAGCUCAUUUGCAGCCCUGCCACCUCCACCAAUGUACGAGGAAACUCAAACCUUUGCGGUGCCAUCUGUGCACACGGCUCCGCUCACCGAACGUGGCAUCCAGUGUUCCGGCGUGCUACCGGCGCUAGAGCUUGAUGAGAGCUUCCAGUUCAAUCAGGUCAAGCUGGACGGGCUGGAAUGCUUCUUCGGCAUGGGAGACCAGAGCAUGAGGUGGAAUGAGGUGAGCCCCUUGGUUUGCCCUAACACUGCUGUGGCAUCCAGCUCCCAAGGAAUGCAGCAGUACUGCCAUGUUGAGGAGCCGGUUGACCUUGGGAUGCAGUAG